CUCUUCUAAUCCUACAGAUUACCACCAUACAAGCCUGCUGACUGAGAGUGCUUCGUUGCGCUGCACAAUUUCUUUAUAUUGAUCAUUUCUUGUCGCUCCCUCAUCUCUGGACUAUGUGAACUGAGGACACAGGCAGGAGAGAGAGCAAGUGAGAGUGAGACAGGAUUGCAUAAACUCUGCAGCUGCAGACAGGGCAAAACUCUUCAGCAAACUGCAGGUGAUAGGAUAGGAUUUAGGGAUGCAUUCUGAAUUGGAUUUAAUUAAAUUUGAUGGGCAUGGUCUAUUUUUGUAAAUAUUACACCGUGUCUCUAAUGGAUGGAGAUACUUUUUUGUUGUAAAUGAGCAUAGGUGGCAAAACAUCAUCCACAACAGGACAACCAGCCCACACCUAGGUGGAACAGAACCUGGACAAGGAGGAUCAUCUCUUUUGGAGGCUUCCCCAGAUGGUCUCUCACUCCCUGCAGUAAGAUGGAGACACAGCUGUGUUGUGAAGAGAACAGCGAUCUUGAGCUGGAGCCUGCAGAGCCUGAGGUAAGGGAGGCCAUCUCUGCGGUUCUUGAUGAGGACAGUCCAACAGAGCUGUCCCAUGGGCCUGGGCAGGAAGACGAGGAGCUACUUGGGGCAGAAGAGGGCGAACCAGAGAGCUGUGGAAGAGAGAGUGACAGCACUGUGAUCAAGAGCUCAGCUGACCCCUGUGAGGGAGAAAAUGGAGAUACAGAAUGUGAUGAUAGCAAGAAACUUAAGAAAACAAACAGCUGGAAGACAGUCCGAUUUCAAGACCCGUCGGCAGCAGAAUCUGUGCAGGAGAGGGACAGCACAGGGGAGAGUCUCUUUCCAGAUUACGCAGUAGAAGAGUGGACUUCCUCUGCUUUUGAGGAGCUGUUUGUGGCUGACGAUUGGGAGGACAUCACAGAUGACCGGCUGCUUAGGAAGAAAGUGCUGGAGCCCGCGACCCCGCAAACCCCCAACCCCACCUGGGGCCAGGAGGUCACUGUCAAAAUGCAGGGUGUCCUGGAGGACCGCACUGUGGUGGAGAAGGACUGCAAGCUUGUCUUUGUUAUUGGAGAGGGAGAUGUAACCCAGGCCCUGGAGGAGUGUGCCAUAUCCAUGCAAAAAGACGAGAUCACGUUACUGCUGGCAGAUUCACAGUAUGCCUAUGGACUUCUGGGAAGGGAACCUGAUAUUCCAGCCUGGGCACCUUUACUCUACCAGCUCCAGCUCCUGAACGUCAGAGAGAAACCAGACCCUCUGACUCUGCCCAUACCUGACCGCAUCCGCAUUGGCAACCAGAAACGAGAGCGAGGAAACUUUCAUUUCCAGAGGGAGGAAUACAGUUUGGCUGUAAGAGCCUAUUGUAUGGCUCUGGAUGUGCUAACCACACGCACUGAAGAUGGUGACAGUGCCGGGGUGGUGGUGGAGGAAGAGGAGGUGCAGGACUACCGGGUGAAGUGUCUAAACAACUUGGCCACUGCUCAGCUCAAACUGGAGCAGUACGGCGAUGCACUGCACACCAGCAGGGAUGUGCUGAUCCUCGAACCAAAUAACGUCAAGGCCCUGUUCAGGGCAGGAAAGCUCCUGUCAGACAAGGGUGAGUAUAAAGAGGCGAUGGAGAUACUAAAAAAGGCCUUGAAACUGGAGCCUGCAACCAAGGCAAUCCACGUCGAGCUGUCUAAACUCGUCAAAAGGCAAUCAGGAGGCAGUGAUACCCAGCAAUGGAAAGCUAAACCUGCCAAUAUGCUUGGAGACAACGUUACACCAUUUCUCAUUCCCUCUAAGAAGAAGCCAUCGGGAAUUUCCUGGAAGUUUCUACUUGGCGCUCUGGUGGUGGCUUUGGGCAGCUUAGUGACGUCAGUCAUUCUGACUGCAAGAAACUGACAUCUUCUGCAGAGAGCCCUGGAAAAAUCAUCAUCAUCAUCAUCAUCUGAAAGACUGAAGUGAAAUAUCUUCCCUGCUCCGCUUUAUGGAUUCAGUUCAAAGGAAUUCUCUGUGAAGACAUGAGAUGAGGUGUGCACUGAAAAAAUGACCAAAGGCCGCAGCAGUACUGACCCUUAAAUUAUAUUUGUGUAACAGUGUAGAGUAAUGAUGCUUCACUGAAGGGUUGUAUUUAUAAUAUGGCCAUCAAAAAAUGAGGCUAUAAUCCCAGUAUUGCACACAUUCACAACACAAGCAGACAUCCAUGCUGUCCCAUGAGAUAAGAGGUUUUGCACAGUCAUAAGUCUUUCCAAUUUUUUUUUCUUUUUUUUUAAAUUGUGAAAUGGAUUCUUUUUUGUAAAAAAAAAAAAAAAAAAAAUAGUUGUAGACAUUCUGGUAACAGAAAAAAAGCAUAACUGGACACAAUAUAUAAAUUGAGUACUGUAGCCAAACUACAAACCCGUGUUAGUAAACAACACUUUUAUAAUCACAAAAUCCUAUUCAUUCCCACAUUU